GAGAACGCGGAAGUUCACGUGGGGCGUGCCGAUUUGUAAAUAAAAGGCGAUGCUUCACACAGAAGGCUUGCCGUCACAGAAAGACUCCUGAUCGCUUGUAGACCUCGACAAAAGUCCUCGUUGAAACCAUGGCAUCUGCAACCCCUCUGUCCAAGGCAAACAGUGCCUUCUCUCUGUCUUUGCUCAAAGAGCUGAGCAAUAACGACAAGACGGGAAACAUCUUUUUCUCCCCGUUCAGCAUUUCGUCAGCCCUGGCUAUGGUGAUGCUGGGGGCCGGAGGCAACACAGCCACACAGAUGUCAGAGGUUCUCUGCUUCACCAAGGCAGAGAAGCCUAAGCACGCACCGGCGGGACAGAUGCACAUGCAACAGCAGGCCCAGUCUGCGCUGCCGAAUCUGAGGAAGUGCCUGAAAACGAAGGAUCAUCAGGAUGAUGUCCACAGCAGCUUUGCCCAGUUGCUGAGUGUGCUCAACAAGUCAGAUGCUCCGUAUUCUCUCAGCGUUGCCAACAGACUGUAUGGGGAGCAGUCCUACCAGUUUGUUGAGGAUUUCUUGGGAAAAACCAAGAAGCAUUACAAUGCUGAGCUGGAGGCCGUGGACUUCAUCAAAAGCUACGAUGCUGCCAGGCUCAACAUCAACAGCUGGGUGGAGAAGACAACACAAGGUAAAAUUAAGGAUUUGCUGGCUGAGGGUGUUUUGGACCCCAUGACCAGGCUGGUGUUGGUCAAUGCCAUCUACUUUAAGGGCCUCUGGAACAAGCAGUUUAAGAAGGAUCAAACACAAGAUGCUCAGUUUCGAGUCAACAAGAAUGACACUAAGCCAGUCAAGAUGAUGUACCAGAAGUCUAAGUUCCCUUUGACCUUCAUCCAUGAAGUCAACUGUCAGAUCAUCGAGCUGCCUUACAAAGGGAAUGAGCUCAGCAUGCUCGUCUUUCUGCCCCAAAAUAUCGAGGACGGCACAACAGGUCUGGAGAAGCUGGAGAAGGAGCUGACCUUUGAGAAAUUUGUGGAGUGGACUAAUCCCAAUAUGAUGGAUGAAAUUGAGGUCACGGUGGGCCUGCCUCGAUUCAAGCUAGAGGAGAAUUACGACAUGAAGACUGUCCUGGUCAGCAUGGGCAUGGUGGAUGCCUUCGACAUGCAAAAGAGUGACUUCUCUGGCAUGUCUCCUGCCAAUGACCUGGUGCUGUCCAAAGUCGUGCACAAGGCUUUCGUGGAGGUCAACGAGGAGGGAACGGAGGCUGCCGCUGCCACCGCUGCUAUCAUGAUGCUGCGCUGCGCCAGGAUUCCAGCCAGAUUCAUCGCCGACCACCCCUUCCUCUUCUUCAUCAGGCACAACCCUUCCUCGAGCAUCCUCUUUGCUGGCCGAUACAGCUCCCCCGUGUGAGCGCGUCAUCAUUUAGAGUGGUGUUUCUCAGCUGGACGGAGGUUACAACAUGACUGGUGUAAAAUUGAAUUUGGUGUCGUUGCUGAGAGUGCCUGCUCGAGAGUUUCAUCAUGCUAAUCACACCCUAUGUUCCUGGCCUGUAUAUCGACAGCACCAGGAUGAGGAAUUAAAAAUGACGGUGUGGAAUUUUUAUAAAAAAGUUCAGCCCUUGUUUGUGUCUCUUCUCUGAACACUGUCAUCUUGCACUGUUUAACCUAAUUUGAUUUUUUGAUUUAUGUCGUAAUGCAUGUAUGGCCCUAUUUGCUGCAGUCAUAUACCCUAUUUUAUCUAUCUUGAAGACUAGAUUGUUAUCGUAUGCCUUACACCCUAGGAAAAAGUUUAUAAUGUGCCUCUAUUAACCUGCUGUACACCAGCUGUACCUUUUUUGGUUUAAAAAAAAGUGCUAUGCAUUUUAUCUGAAAAACAUGCAAUAUCAUACUUAGCUUAGCCAAAGAGAAUAAUUAUAACAGUGUAGUACAUUUUAUAUGGAAUUAUAAUAUGCAUAUAAUAAUUGGAGAAUAUAUGAAAACUUACAUAAAUGCUUGAACUGGCAUUGAGUUUAGGUCAUUUUUAUGUAUCCCUUGACUUACAUGUGGAAUAAAGUGUGUGGUUUGCAACUGCUCC